AUGAGCUACAUAUAUUAUGCAGUAAUUACAUCAUGCCUACUCUACUGUCGACCACCAUCCUGCUGGUGUUCUCCAGUGCACGGAUAUCGUCGAGCUCCUCAAGGAAAAUGCAUUCAUGAGGACGAAUGUGAAGCUGCUAUGAAGAACGCAAAUUAUACGGAAGAAGAAAUAAAACAGCUGGAAGCCAAGAAUGCGGCUACUCCUGAUUCCAGAAUGGAUAGUUCUGGAUUAGGCUCUGGGCUGUGGCAAAAUCAAAAAAACCUUUUGCAAGGUGGUGCGCCAUCACUCGUAAGUGGUAACAACAAUGAAGACUGGAAUACGAUGCUCGGCAAAUCGGGAUUCAAAAAUAUCGGUGACAUCAUGAACUGGAAGGGUGCUGCUGCUGGGAAUUUCAACCCAUUCAGCGAACAGAGGAAUUUUGCA